AUGGGAUCUACCCAGAGGGGCAGCAUCUAUCAAACAGUCAAGAUGAAUAAAACUGGGUCCAAGGUAGCGGCUUCAGGACUGAAAGGGGCUGAGACUACUAACACAUCCCCUCAGCGGGGACACGGGUACAAUCCUGCCUCAAUCCAGCGAAGUGUUGCAGUCUCUAAAAGCCCUUCUGUGCAUCAAAGACCAGAAGCUGGGAAUCCCACCAUUCCCUCUUCAUCAUCAUACUAUUCUCAAUCUCUCACCCUCCAGUUAGCACCUGGCUUCUCUGGAGGACCGAUCCCUCGAACUGAGCAGUCAAAAUCAGAAGCAUACCGCCAUUCUUCUCUUCAGCGAAAGAUCCAGCAAAGUCAGACAUCAGCUUCCAACGUUGUCCAGAUGCAGCGGAAUGUUAGUCCUUCCAGAGAGGAAUCACCACGAAGGGGGCGUGAGAGCAAGUCAGGGCGUGACAUCAGUAAUCGUUACUCGUUAACUCCAGAUACCAAAUCCUCUCGCCGAUUGAGUUUUGUAGACCAGAAGAAUAACAUACAAAUCUUACAAGAAGAAGACCCACCCUCCAAGGUCCAGUACCCACAAGGAGUCAGAGUUCCCCGUAAGACUAUGGUUUGCCCAAAGGAUGAAGCAGUCCAAACUGAGCCCAUUCGCAAGUAUGUGACUUCUGCUGAGAUCAGAUCUUCAAGGAGACCCUCUAGCCCAGAACACGGCAGUAGCCGCAUCUGUGCAGACUCUCGGACAGCCCAGAGAAAGAUCCCUGGCCAAGAGUCUGAAAUGAGUCGUCGCAGCUCAAUUUAUGCAGAACCCAAGGCGUUGCAUAGGAAUGUAAACGUGGAAUCAUCCCCCAGACCCCCUGUGCUUAAAGAUUUGGAUGGUGGACACCGAGUUCCCAUGCGCUCAGACCCUGAGUCUAUCCUCAAGUAUUCUGCCUACACUGAAAUCAAGCCCUCCCCAAAAGUCUUACCAGAAGCGGAGUCCAAUGUGAAGUCCUCAAUGCGUAGAGACAGCGAGGUUGGCCGCAGGGUCACCAUCUCCCCAGGGGUACAUCCAGUACAGUCACCUCAUCGCAUGACAUCUCGAGCGGCGUAUGAGAGCCGCCGCAAACUUUCCAUGUCUGCCACACCAGAACCCAUCUAUAAGCAGCACACCCCAAGGCCCUUAGAAAGUGUCUACAUGUCCCCAGGACCUAUACACAGGUAUCCAGAACCCUCCCGAAAGCCCUCCAUCCGUGAAAAACUGGAACUGACCCCUCGGCCCUUACCCCCUCGGUCCUUACCUAGGUACGGGCCUGAGUCCUCAUGGUGGGCCUUACUCAAUCCUGAAAUUGAAAUGCCCCAAAGCCGGCCGACAACACCUGAUUUCGAAUCUAAGUCCCCUCCUCCCCUAGACCCUUCAUUGUCCUGUUUUGAAAUGGACUCAAGCCUUUUCUAUGAGGAUGUGAUGUUCCAGAGAGAGAAGGCAAGUCCAUCACCACCAGCAGCACCAUCACCAUCACCACCAACAGCACCAUCACCAUCACCACCACCAUCACUAAAAGAGCCUCCGAGCCAGGCACCAUUGAGGAAAGUGCCACAAGCCCCCAAAUACACCUCCAAACAACCCAUUCAAAGGUUUAGUGCUUUCUUCUUGGAUGUCUCUGAGGAAAUGUACAAUCGUGUCAUCUGGUGGCUAAAAGGUCUGUGCUUUUCCCUUUUGUGUGUCCAUUGUGGGGGGAUGGGAGGCAGGAGGACAGUUGGGAGGGUGGCCUCAAUGUAUCUACCGAACUAG